AUGACUUCAGCGCUUGAGCCUCAUGGAGGUCUGACACACCUCAAGGAGAGGUUACUUGAGAGUGCCCAAGCUAAGCUGGAUGUCCACGCUGUGCUGAAUCCUGCGCCUCAUUUAGCAGUACCUGUGACGAACGCCGCACCUGUUGCCGAACAACCAUCCAUCGCUCCUGCCACCACCGCCGCCAGCGCUCCGAGACCCUCGAGCAAGACGCGCAAGGCGCACACCUCCCUGGAGGAGGAUAUCGCUGCUUACAAGCAGGAUCUGAACGGUGUCGUUAGCCAGCUCGCUUACCAGGACCUGCCCAUGCCCAGUUGCAAUGUCGUGCGCGGACGCAUCAACAAGCUGCUUGACGCCGGCAUCAUGACGAAUACCGACUUUUGCAGGGCCAUCGGCAGCAGCAACACCAACAGGCUGACCAACUUUCUGAGCAAGACCGGAGCGAACGGGUUAGGCAGUUCUGUCUAUCUCAACGCCUGUGCCUGA